AGCGGCUCCGAGCGCACGCGUGUCAGUGUGACGACAAAAUGGCGGACAGAAAGUUGGACGAUCAAAAAGAAUUUAUCCUUGAGUGCAUUCGCUUAUACAAAGAUUUGCCGACCCUGUGGAAUGUGAAAAGCAAAGUAUACUACGACCGGGAUAAAAAGGACAUGGCGUAUAAAAUUUUGUUACGCAAGUACAGGCAAUGGUUCCCCAAGGCGACGCGAGACGAUUUAAAAAAGAAGUUAAACGCCUUGAGAACGAACUAUCGUAAGGAACUCAGGAAAUACCUCCAAUCUGUGGAAAAUGAGAGCGAUCCUGUAUAUGAACCGACGUUAUGGUACUACAAGGAUAUGAGUUUUUUACACGAUCUACAAAAACCCGGCGCGGAGACAGAUUCAUCUAUGGAUGUUGAACAAAACUAUGCUGUGAUUCUUGACGUGGACGAGGAAAAUAGCACUGAAAGUCGUGCUUCAACACCAGUUGCUACUGAAGAGUCCCCUAUCCGUGAACCAGUACAGUACAGUAGUACUGUAUCGGAGUCAACACGCCGUGAAACUCCUAUCACAGUUGUAAAGAAACGUGUUGAUAAGGACGACAACGUAAUGAAAAUGUCGUAUGAGAAUCUCAGUGAUAAUAAAGACGAAUACUUUCAUUGGGCUAUGGCUUGCGCGUCCGAUUUGAGAAAGAUGGAACGGACUCAACAGGUGUUCGCCAAGAAAGCAAUUGCCGAAAUCAUGAUGGAAGGGCAAUUGGGACUGCUAAAUCGUUAUUCUGUGAAAGUGAAUGAAUCCCAAGGAUAUGGACAUUCCAGUAAAUCAGUAGGUCAGUUUAGUUCAUCAUCAUCGCCUUCCUAUAUUCAUUAUGUGGCAGAUCAACAUUCCCAGGAUUUGGAUAAGAAACCCUUUGUGAGGAAUCCAUUGGACGAUGAUGCAUGAAUUUUUAAUCCCAUAUUAACUAUAGAAUAUUAAAAAUUAAAUAUAGAUAGGUACAUAGUUAUAUAAUUUUUCUAAUUAAAUACAAUAAAAAUA